AUGUUUUUAAAAGAUAAGAAUAAGCCGACACAUACAAGAGAUACUGAAGUCAAGACACAGGAAUUGGAAAAUACACAAGAAGACGACACAUUACAAUCAGAAAUUCUUUCUAAUGAGGAUUCGUCCAACACUCAUGUAGAACCAUCGCGUGAAACAGUAACAAAGGUUUUACCACUAAGACAGGAAACCUCUGCUUAUUCUCAACUUUAUGAAUCAGAGCCAUAUCGUGACACCGUGAGGCAGUUGAUACCACCAGAAAAGAAGACGUCGGGGAAGCGCUCCAGUCCCACUGAUCCUCAAAUUGACAAAGCUUUUAAAGUAAUAAAAGCACCACCAGGAAACUGA